AAGCGCGCCUCGGAAGCGAGGGGCCGGGCGCCUGCCGGGGCGGAGGAGGCGGGAAUGGCGGCGCCCCCUCUCGCACCCCCGCCCCCUUGUCAGGGAAGGAGGGCGCAAGAAGGCGGAGGGAAGCCCCCGGGGCCGCUGCCGGGCAUGCGCGGCACCCCAGGAACAUGGCGGAGGAGGCAGAGGCGGCUUGAAUCCCGGCGCAGUUGCCGCCCCGCCGCCGCCGCCGCAGCCUUCACGCCGUGAGGAAACAUUUGAAUUGAAAAAGAAGAGUGAGACCUAUUCUUGGAACUUUUCUUUCUCUUUCUUUCUUUCUUUCUUUCUUUCUUUCUUUCUUUCUUUCUUUCUUUCUUUCUUUCUUUUUUUGGUGAGAAGAAGAGCCACACAUCUGACCAUGGGGAAAACAACAGCUAAAGAUUCUAAGACUGUUAAAAAAGAAAAACAUGGGAAUAAUAAUGUGUCAAGCAACCAGUUGUUUCAUAAUGAAUAUUUUAACUGGGACGAUUACUUGAAAGAAACUGGAUCUGUAGCUGCUCCUUUACAUUGUUUCCGACAGUCUAGGAUUCCACCUAGCAAUGAUUUCAAAGUAGGAAUGAAACUGGAAGCUCAUGAUCCUCGCAAUAUUACCUCAGUAUGUAUAGCCACAGUUAUUGGAAUCACGGGUGCUAGGUUAAGGUUGCGGCUUGAUGGAAGCGACAACAAAAAUGACUUCUGGAGACUAGUAGAUUCUUCUGACAUACAGCAAAUUGGAACCUGUGAGAAGAAAGGCGGGAUGCUUCAGCCUCCACUAGGGUUCCAGAUGAAUGCUUCAUCUUGGCCAAUGUUUCUGCUAAGAACGCUAAAUGGAGCUGAAAUGGCACCAGCGUCGUUUUUUAAGAAGGAACCUCCCAAGCCAACUCCAAACUGUUUUAAAGUUGGAAUGAAGUUGGAAGCAAUAGACAGAAAAAACCCAUAUUUAAUAUGCCCAGCAACCAUUGGGGAUGUUAAAGGAGAUGACGUUUUUAUUACUUUUGAUGGCUGGCGAGGAGCAUUUGACUACUGGUGUAAAUAUGAUUCUCGAGAUAUCUUUCCAGUUGGAUGGUGCAACUUAACAGGAGAUGCUCUGCAACCACCAGGGAAUAGUGUUUCUAGCUCUAAGAAUAAUUCAAAAGCUCAAACGUCUCCUUCAAAAGUGAACCGCCGCUCAAUGCAGUCUCCACAGAAAUCAACUCCUCCGGCUCCUGUUGUUGCACCAAGAGGCAGAAAACCUAGUCGUGGAAAACCAACCCCUCCAUCUACCGUCCUUAGGAAAGGCAGAUCUCCUAAAAAUAUUCCUGUGAUAAAAAAUGCAUCUCAUAAGGAAAACUUCAAAAAAAGGAAACAAGGCUUAAAACCCGGAAGGAAGAAAAAAAUCUUAGCAGUGCAAACUCCAGUGUUUUCUCCUACCCUUGCUUCUGCAAAGGUGGACAACAGCACCCCUCAGCUACAUAAAGAUGGGCCUGGCAUCACUGGUGCAAUGGCUGCAGUCAUUUCUACAGUUUGUGUCUAUGUUAACAAGCAUGGAAACUCUGGUCCUCACCUGGACAAAAAGAAGGUUCAGCAGCUGCCGGAUCACUUUGGACCAGGUCCCGUGAAUGUAGUACUUCAGCAAGCUGUGCAAGCCUGCGUAGACUGUGCUUAUCAAUCAAAAAAUGUUUUUGGAUUCCUCAAGUCAGGACAUCAUGCAGGAGAGAUGAUCACUGCUUCCUUUGAUGGAGAAAAGCAUGCCAUCAGUCUUCCUUCUGUAAACAGUGCAUCAUUUGUCCUCCGCUUUUUGGAGAAACUCUGCCACAGCCUACAAUGUGAUAAUCUUUUUAGUAGCCAGCCCUUUAGUCCUUACAUGGGAAGUGCACAUAGUCCCACCGAAUAUGAUAGAAACAAGCCAGCAAAAGAAGAAAUGUCAGACAAUAGAAAUUCAAAACGGUAUCCUCAGGAUUCACCACCCUACACUGCCCCAUUAUCUCCUAAACUCCCAAGAACUGAAGCCCAACCAUCAGAAGCUGAAACUCUGCCGAGUGAAGAAAAUGGCACCCCUAAAGAACACAGGUUUUCUGAGGACUCAAUGGAUUCUGCACUUAAUUCAGUCAAUUCCUCUAAACCAAACUGUCGGAAUUCCAUUGAAUAUCGUACCUCAGGGAAUGCAGCCUGUUACAGGAAUUCUCUCCCACCGGCCACCGCUACCUCAAAAGCAGCACCAAUCCUGCGGAGACUAUCAUCGGGUUCUGCUGGGAACACCAGCUAUUAUGAAGUCAGUAGGAAUAGACUCCAGAGGAGGAUUGAAGCUGCUAGCUCUACAACAGGACCAGACCUCAGUGCACUGAAACGGGAGCCUUCCCGCCCGCUCAACAAGGAUCCUUCUGUGUGGUCAAUAGAAGAAGUAAUGCGAUUUGUGAAAGAAGCCGAUCCUCAGGCAUUAGCACCCCAUGCAGAACUCUUCAGAAGACAUGAAAUUGAUGGGAGAGCGCUCUUGCUAUUGAGAAGUGAUAUGAUAAUGAAAUAUAUGGGGCUCAAAUUGGGGCCAGCAUUAAAGCUGUGCUACCACAUCGAGAGACUUAAGCAAGGGAAGUACUAGGCAGUGGACCAGAGCCAGCGAUGGCGCUCUGAGUGUGAUGGUGGCAAAACCUCUCAGGUUCAUGAAGAUGCAGGAAGCACAAUAAAGCAGGAACUUCACCUGAUCUAGGAAUGGAGGAAUGGAAGAGGACCCCGUUCACUUCAGAAAAACAAGUUUCUAUCAGAUUGUGUCCAGUGUUCGGUUUUAAAACCAUUGUCCAAAACCGUAAUUGGUUUGUAGACAUUUCUCAAAAUAUGAAAUCUCUUUGUCAAGGAGAAAGUUUUACAUCUUUGUAUUUAAAUGAUUUAGAAGGUACAGGGGAAAAAGAUAAUGUCCAAAUUAUUUAUAUGGGAAGCACUAAAAUAUAUUUCUUGGCUAUUCAACUUCAGCUGGUGCAUUUUCAUUUGAAACCAAAACAGCUGAAUUCCAAAGGAGUCUUUAAAAAAAAUUCAGGAUGUGAAAGUUUUUGAAAUAGUGACUGAAUUCAUUUGUAAAGCAAAAGGAACAUCAAUGUUGGCAAUUAUUUCAUUACUCAGUUAAGAUUUUAUAUCUGGUAUUCCAAGAGAUAAAUAUCAGAUAUUAUUAUAUAGAUCUCCAUAAAGGGAAUAGCCAUUUGAAUAGUUCUAUAUGUUUAAAGACAAAGGUUUUUAUACUGGUGUAGUUUUAAAUUAUGAGAAGAAACUUUACAAUAUAUUAACUGUGUAAGUUGGCAAUAGUUUUUCUUGAGAUGUUUUCACAGCUGAUUUGAGCAGCUUCCAGAAUCACGAACAAAUCCCAGUUUGCUUUACUGGAAUACACUACCCAUUGUUUUUAAGCAUUCCAUCUCUUUGGAGCUCAGCAUGAGUAUGUUCAUGCACUUGUAUAUUUAUGUGUGGGGGUACAUGCAUAUACAUAUAUAGAUAUAUAAAUAUAAAUAUAUUGUAUAUAGUGUUCAUUUUUUAAAAGUCUUUUUAAAGGUACUUUUGCACUGUGACAGAUGAUAAACUGUAGAUCCAUUUUUAAACAUUGGGAAAAUCAAAAAUGUGCACAGCACAUUUUGACCCAGUUUACAUGUUGUUAUGUGUAGUUUUUCAAGCUGUGGAGCAUGUUGUGUACAACAACCUUCACAUUUUUUAAAUAAAAGCUUAGCACACGGUCAGAUAGAAGCUCUAACUGCAGUGGCGAAUGGAUUGGUUCUUUUUUUUCCACUCCAAAACAGACUAUUUCCAGCUGCCAGGACAGACUAUGAGGAAGUGUGAUAGGUCAUGGAUAAUCCAGCAAAGAUUUCUGCAUAUGCAACUCUAAAAACUAGGUGCAAGGGUUUAUUACCCCAAAGCACCUUUUUUUUCUGCAUGUAGUUGGUCUAUCCUACAUUAAAGCAAAAUGUGUCAUCCUCAUGAUUCACUAAAUGCCUGUCUACUUUGCUUUCCUUUAUUGGAGAAAAAAUGAAACAAUCAGUCAGUGGACAGGUGGAUUUACACAGGGGAACUCCCUGGACUAUGCAAUAUUCCUGAAUUUUCAUAAUGUACUGAGCCAUUUAGUUUUGGGAAGGUUUCUGGAAAAGUGUGAGGGAUGAUGACUUUCAUCAUUUCAAUCUUCUUCCCCCACCUUCUUUGAAAUGAUAAUUUUAUCAAAGGGUUGAACUGCACAUGGAUGUGUGUUUUACCUAAACCUUUAUGCUCUUUCUAUAAGCUACAAUAAGUGCUGAUGGUAAAAGAUUUUACUGUCACUGCCAACAUAAUAUCAGGGACAAUUAUGUACAUUUGCUAUUUAGAGAAUUGAAUGUAUUGUAUGUAAUAGUAUAAAUCAAGAUAGAGAUAAUGUAGUCCUAAAGGGAAAGUAGAUUUUAUAUUUCUUCCUGCCUUUUUGUAUCAGAAGCUUCUAGUUAAUGAAGAAAAAGUAUUUUUGACACAUUAUUCAUUUGAAAAUGCCUUGCUUACUGGUAUUUAAAUACUCAGGUUUAGCAAAAAUACAGCAAACUCACCAGACAUCAGUAUUUCAUUAUUGUGACUGCAAUAUGAUUUAAAUGAGUAUUAAUAUUCAUUAGACAGAACAACAACUAAGCACAGGUGCUCUGCAUUUUGAGACCCUCUGGUAGUUUUGUAGUAUUAACAUACAUUACACCAGCUAAGUUAUGGCUUCUCAUAACAACAUACAAACUAUUUCACCAGCUGAGAUGUAGCUAAAGAAAGAAAGAGUGAAACCCUAUUCAAGACCAUGAGGGAUCAGAACUCAUAUGGCAUACUUGCAUAGUAGCAACGUCCCAAGUGGCAUGAAGUUGUGCCCAUGUGCUUACGGCAGUCAAGUGGGGAAUUGCUAUUUCUGGAAAUCUCCUUAUGCAGGCAUGUUACUGUAAUAAGGACAGCCACCAGCACAAGCCAAAACUAUGCCACCAUAAUACUAUAACAUGGCAAAAAAAAAAUCCCUUGCAUUUUUAGAUUAACCAGCCUUAGAUAGUUAAAGACAUUCAAGGACUUGCCCAAUUGUUAAACUUGAGAAAAAUAUCAAGCAUGAAUAACAAAACUUAGUCCAUUAAUAACAUUUACAAGCUAGAAAGUGGAAGAAAGACCCUGUGUGUCCCCAGAUAUUUUGGCCUUCAACUCCCAGAAAUCCUAACAGCUGGUAAACUUGCUGGGAUUUCUGGGAGUUGCAAGUCAAAAGAACUGGGGACCCACAGAUUGAGAACCACUGCUGUAAAACCUAAUGUAUAGCUAAUGUAAACCUAUGAUCGGUGGAUGAAUUUGGGCAAGUCACACUCUCUCAGCCUCAGAGGAAGGCUUCUGAACACAUCUUGCCAAUAAAGUUAUAUAAGUUCACCUUAGGGUCAGAAAUGAAAUGAAGACACACAUCAUCAAAUAUUUUGUGGUUUAGAAGCAGGAGGAUAAUUUCUGUGCCAGUUCGCAGACAAGAGAUAUCACUGACAUAGUUCCCUUAAUUUUAUAUAAGCUAUAAAUGUUUGGAAACUGUUUCAUACAAAACCUUUAUAAAAUAAGAAUUUAGCCCUUGAUGCAUUUUGCCAGUGUGGUUUAUUUGUUAGUACUGAAAGAAUAUGUAUUGCUUCAUAUACAUCCAACAACACAAGAACCAAGAAUGUCAUACAGAAACACAACCCUUGUAUUAUAGCAUGAUAGCAAAUUAUUUCAGUGUUUGUAACAGAAUAUAUUUUUAAUUCAUUUUCAACUUAUGUUCUCUUCUAAGCUGCAAAUAAAACUUAUUCAGUGUUA